UUCUUUCUUUCUUUCUUUCUUUCUUUAAGGUUUUGGUUUAUCGAAUCGAUUGAUUUGAAACGAUGUCGAGUUCUGCUGAGUGUUGGGAAUUCUCUGGUCAGGGAAAGAAGUUACUCGAGAAGAAACCGAGCUUCUCGGAAACAUGUAGUCGGUUGAGUCGUUACCUCAAGGAGAAGGGUAGCUUCGGAGAUCUGAGCUUAGGGAUGACAUGUAACCCUGAUGUCAAUGGUUUUGGUGUGACACGUCAGCCCAAGACGAUGAUGAAUCUCUUCCCUGUUGAAGAUUCUUCUGCUGCUCAAGACGUUAAACCGAAGAACGAUAUCGUGUUUCCUCGGCAAUCAAGCUUUUCUUCUUCCUCUUCCUCUGGAGCCAAGGAAGAAGUUGAGAAGAUCAUACAGACUAAAGCUGUGAAGGCAGAGUCUUUAUCUGCUCCAUUGACUAUAUUCUACGGUGGUCAAGUUGUGGUGUUUGAUGAUUUUCCUGCUGAGAAAGCCAAACAAGUCAUUGACUUGGCUCACAAAGGAAGUGCUAAAAGCUUCACAUCUGAGCUGAACAAUAACCAGAGUGCUUAUACUCAAAAAGAGAUUGUUUCCACUACCCCAAAUCCAGCUCCUAGUUCUGUAAUAACCGCAGCAGCAAAAGAGCCAAUCCAAACCAACACGGCGGCCACUUUAGCUUGUGAACUCCCAAUUGCUAGAAGAGCUUCACUUCAUCGAUUUCUUGAGAAGAGAAAGGAUAGGAUUUCAUCAAAGGCGCCGUACCAGAUUGACGGUUCAACCGAAGCAUCUUCCAAGCCUAACACAACUUGGCUCGGUCACCAGUAAUCUCUUUGAGUUGAGACUUGAGAAAGAUCCUUUUGAUGCUCCCAUUGUUUACUAAAUAUCAAGCUACCACUGAUUUCACUCCUAGUAGGUUUGUUUGUUCAAUGCGCCAAAAAAACUCAGUAUAUCUGUAUGAAACUAAUCCUUAUAGUUUUGCUACUUUUUUGGGGGUUUAAAGCCAUUGUGUAAUAGGCCUUUCCUUCCUAUUAGCCGAUCUCAACAUUUGCUUGCAACUCUUGUAAGAAACAUCGGUUUCCUUUUUGUGUUGAGGGCAUUAAUAUCAUCUGUACCUUAUUUAGUCCAAGUGUUCUUUCUUUGCC